UCAUCAUUCAUCAACUAGGAGAGAGAGAGAGAUCUGUGAGACUCUCACAUCACUCACCCCUAGAAAAAGAAAAUGCAAUCCGAUAAGGACUUGUGCAGCUGACACACACCAAGAGAGAGAAAGAGAAAAACAUCACUAUUCAUUACUCAUGUUUUGUUUUUUUUUUUCUCAUUCUGAAGUUAAUGUUGUUGUUUUUGUUCUUGUUCUUCUCACUUUCACACACUACUUACUACUCUACUAAUGCACUCUCUCUCCUCUGUGCUCUUGCUCUUCUGUCACCCACCACCGCUCUUUUAAUUCCACAUGAAACCGUUGAACUUUUUUCAACUCUCACUGCCUUCAUAAGGGGAACAACACUCCAAUUUUUCCACCUCCACAACAUUGCAUACCCUUUUGAGUUUUGAUUCUCUCUCCUCACAUAACUAGGUGGUAUCGAAUAUUUUUGGGGUGUGUCAAAGUUUGUGAAGGAACUUGAAGAAGUAAAUGCAUGGAUCGAGGGGACCAAAUGACAUUACCUGGCUCUGCAUCUUACUAUAUGCAGAGAGGAAUACCUGGUGCUGGAAACCAACCUGUACUGCACAAUUCACCUAAUAUUGGACCAUUGUCUAACCCUAAUCUACCAUGUCAAUCAAGCAUUGGGGGUGGUGGUACCAUUGGAUCCACAUUACCCUUAGAGUCUUCGGGAAUUUCAGCUCCAUGUGUCAAUGUGAGUGCUCCUUCUGGGACUCUGCCUGGGGAAACUGUCAAAAGGAAGAGAGGAAGGCCUAGAAAAUACGGCUCCGACGGAGCUGUGUCGUUGGCGUUGACUCCGACACCGGCUAGUCAUCCUGGAGCCUUGGCACAAGGCCAGAAACGGGGCAGAGGCCGCCCACCUGGGUCUGGGAAGAAACAGCAGUUGGCUUCUCUUGGUGAAUUGAUGUCUGGUUCGGCUGGAAUGGGUUUCACUCCUCAUAUCAUCACCAUUGCAGUUGGAGAAGACAUUGCAACAAAGAUCAUGUCAUUUUCUCAGCAGGGGCCUAGAGCUAUAUGUAUUUUGUCAGCUAAUGGUGCUGUCUCUACUGUGACACUUCGUCAGCCUUCAACAUCAGGUGGCACUGUCACAUAUGAGGGGCGUUUUGAGAUAGUGUGCCUAUCAGGCUCUUACUUGGUUGCUGAUAGUGGUGGCUCCCGCAAUCGGACUGGUGGAUUAAGCGUUUCACUUGCAAGUCCUGAUGGUCGUGUCGUCGGUGGAGGAGUUGGUGGAGUUCUUAUUGCUGCAAGUCCAGUUCAGGUGAUACUAGGGAGCUUUUCAUGGGGCGCAUCAAAGACGAAGAUCAAGAAAAAAGAAGGUUCAGAAGGUGCAGAAGUUGCUUUAGAGACUGAUCAUCAGACAGUUCAUAAUCCAGUCGCAGUGAAUAGCAUUUCUCCGAAUCAAAAUCUUACUCCAACCUCAUCUCUAAGUCCUUGGCCUGCAUCGCGAUCGUUGGAUAUGCGCAAUUCGCAUAUUGACAUUGAUUUAAUGCGCGGGUGACAAUUUAUUUAGUAUAUGCCAGUACUGAGUAUAUAAUUCGGAUUCAUGGUCACUCAUCUAAUUUUCCUGUAGUAGUAACUACAGCAUGGGAAGUACCAACAGCAGAGUAGAAGCUAGCUGACUCUUGGAAAUUCGAUAAAAGGCCUCCUAUCUACCAGUGAUUGACUUUAGGGUUGUACUCAUAUUUUUGUAGCUGUGAGGAAUUUUAAUUUGAAGAUUUCGUGUUCUUGGUUAAAUAUAGACUUGUGUAUUUUAUAAUCCUAUUUGAAAGAGAUUGACAUUGAUGAGUUAGAUGUUUUGUGGUUUAGGGGCACAGAUUAUGAUAUAGUCUAGUGUGAUUUUUGUCAUUGAAUUGUUGUCUCCUGAAAUGCAUUGACAUAAUAGGAAGUGUUGUUUGUGUCUGAGAAUUGUGGGGGUUACCCUGCACUUUUCCAAUUUACAUUUUCUCUUCAUGCCUCA